UAGCAGGACUUUGCGCAUGGGCAGACGUACCGGCCCCGGCUCGGAAUCAACAGUGUGAAAAGUUUCGCGCCGUGUGACACAAUUGUUGUUAUCACCGCAGUCCCUUUACUCGUCCGGCUACUUAUUUAAAUUGAGAAACCACCAUGAGGCGAAGUUGCAGACGCAACAAUCCGAGUAAGAAUGCACCAGAAAGCGAAGACGCCCAGGCAAAAACAGUGUGGCAGUGGAAAGGAGAUGACGGACAGUGGGAACCGUACUCGCCCUCAGACAGCGCCUUGUUGGACUCCGCCGUCUCUUCGGGGAAAAAGUCCGUCACCCUGACACUGGGCUCGGGGACGGACUACGAAGUGGAUCUGAAGAAGAUGGUCCAGAUCAAUCCUGUUACAAAGUAUAAAAGGAAAAUUCGCUCUCAAACUGUAAAACCAGAGAGUUUGAGUGACACCGGGGACGUGGCGCUUCAAGAUGAGAAACCGGUUCAAAUCAAAGAGGAGGAGGAGGCAGAAGAGCAACCUGCAGUCAAGAGAAGGAGGGAGCAAAGCAAGAGUCAGCCAAAAACUGAGGAAAAAAAAGAAGUUGUGAAGACGGUGGUCAUGAAGGGCAAAGCUCCGGUGGACUCUGAAUGCAGAGCCAAGCUCGGAAAGGCUCAUGUUUACAGCGAAGGAAACGACGUCUAUGACGUGAUGCUGAACCAGACAAAUCUUCAAUACAACAACAACAAAUAUUACCUGAUCCAGCUCCUGGAAGACGACGGCUCCAAGGGUUAUAGUGUGUGGAUGAGAUGGGGCAGAGUGGGAAAAGUGGGUCAAAGCAGCCUCACAGCCUGUGGUGGAGACCUGCUGAAGGCCAAAAACGUCUUCAAGAAAAAGUUUCUGGAUAAGACCAAGAACGAGUGGGAGAACCGGGAGACUUUUGAGAAAGUGAACGGAAAAUACGACAUGGUGUUUAUGGACUACAACACAAACGAAAAGGAGGAGAACCAGACCACAGUGGACGCCGCACCCAAGAAGAAUCCCUCCAAGCUGGAUGCGAAGAUCCAGUCUCUCCUGGAGCUCAUCUGUGACCUCAAAGCCAUGGAGGAGUGUGUGCUGGAGAUGAAGUUCGACAUUAAGAAAGCGCCGCUCGGUAAACUGACCUCGGAGCAGAUCCGUGCAGGCUACAUGGCUCUGAAGAGCAUAGAGGAGUGUUUGAAGAGGAAGGCCAGAAAUCAGGAGCUGUUGGAAGCUUGUAACAGGUUUUACACUCGCAUCCCCCACGACUUUGGGUUGAAAACUCCCCCGAUCAUCCGCACAGAAGAUGAGCUGAAGGAGAAAAUCGCCCUGUUGGAGGCACUGAGUGACAUUCAGAUAGCGGUGAAAAUGGUCCAGUCCAGCGAGAAAAGUGAUGAACAUCCUCUGGACAGACAGUACCACUCGCUCCAGUGUGACCUGCAGCCUCUGGACCCCAGCAGCAACGACUACCAGGUGAUAGAAAACUAUCUGCAGACCACUCACGCCUCGACCCAUCGAGAAUACACCAUGACCAUCCUGGACAUCUUCUCAGUGGACAAAAACGGGGAGAGAGACAACUUCCUGUCACAGUUAGACAACAGGACUCUGCUGUGGCACGGCUCCCGUCUCUCUAACUGGGUCGGCAUCCUCAGUAAAGGCCUCCGAGUGGCUCCACCUGAAGCCCCGGUCACUGGUUACAUGUUUGGUAAAGGUAUCUACUUUGCUGACAUGUCAUCAAAAAGUGCCAACUACUGCUUCCCCAACCAGAACAACCCGGUCGGACUUCUGCUGCUGUGUGAGGUUGCCCUGGGAGACAGUAACGAGCUACUGGAUGCUAACUACGAGGCUAGCAAUCUGCCUGAUGGGAAACACAGCACCAAGGGGCUCGGACGGACCGGACCUGACCCCAAGAACUCUGUCACACUGGAUGGUGUGGUGGUACCGAUGGGGCCCGGAGAACCCAGAGACGUGGGUAGAACCAACGGUUACUCCCUCCUCUACAACGAGUACAUUGUUUACGAUCCGGCCCAGGUUCGCAUGAGGUACCUGCUGAGGAUCCGGUUCAACUACUCUUCACUGUGGUGAGGCUGAUGAAGCUACACGGUGGCGUGAUAUCAGGAUCAGAGGUGACAUCGGUUUCGGGCAUCAUUAGCUGGUUUGUGACGUCGGAGCUGAACUGAGUCGGCAGCAGGAACGUUUACCUCCUCACUGCAACGAUUAACGGAUCAGACAGCUGAUGUAUAAAAACGUCUGGUGGCAGCUUCUCUGACUUUCAGCUUCUUUUCUUUGUGAUGAAUUAGAUUCGACUUAAAGUCUUUGAGCCGUUGGACGAAUAAAAAUGAUUCUCGGACGUGUUGAGAAAAUGUAAUUUUCUGUAAUUUCUUACCUCUGUGUCCUUUAUUACUUUUAAAUAUAUCUUGGUUACCUAAAGUGGAACUACUGCUCGAUGUAUUUUGGAUGAUAUGAAGAAUGUAUGUAGAACGUUUUGCACUACGUGUUGUUUUAUGUCAUAUUCGUGUCAAUAAAAGCUGUAUCUGUGAACAUGAGUUUCAUCUGGAUGUGGAUCUUUAGACGUGAUGAAAUGUGUCUCAUUAGUGUCAAACAAAACAAAAAAAAAAUUUAUAUUUUUUUUGAUUGGUGUGAAACGGACAAAGACAAGAAUCUGUGGAAAAUCAUUGUAAGAUUUUAUACAAAGAUACAACAAUAAAGGACGUUCUCUUUCACAGGUUGGAGUGUGUGUCUUCAUCCACAUAAUCAGUUAGUUGGACUCUGAAUAUCUGCUAUGUACAAUCAAAUGACUUAUGUCCUGAUUGAUGAUGAUCAUGAUCACUACAGUUGACAUGAGCUCGUCUCUUCAUCCAUUUCAACAGCAACA